AAGAGUUGCUGAGGCAGAACUGAAAUCAUGUCUUGCCUCAGAGAAGCAGUCGUAUUGGCUGCUAACGAUGCCUCACACAGAAAGACGAUGCUCCUUUAACUCGGGGGUUUUCAUGGGAAGUUUCUAAGCUUGAAACAACAGCGUUAGAUCUGGGGUGUGCCAUCAGCUGCUUGCAGCUACCACUGUCUACUGCUUUAACACAGCUUGGUCGGGAAGAAUGGAAACUAAAGAAGCUUAUAACUACCUGUAACUAUUCCACCAGGAAAUGGAUCAAGUGUUUGUUCAGCCAGAUCCAGUACAUCAUUCAGCCUCUCCAAAGCACAGCCAUCAUGACCUCAGCAGGCUGAUGAUGGAAGAAAAGAAAACUGAGAGAUCCUGUGUUCUGGCUUCACUGGAUAAUGGAUGGAGGACAACCUGUCCCUUCAACUCUAGCACCCUUUGGGAACACAUCAACAGACUCUAGCAUGUCUCUGGAGCAGAAAACCACAUUUGUUUUUGUGAUUUUGUUGUUUAUUUUCUUGGGCAUUCUCAUUGUCAGGUGCUUCCGGAUUCUUCUAGACCCAUAUAGGAGCAUGCCAACCUCGACCUGGGCUGAUGGACUUGAAGGUCUGGAGAAAGGGCAAUUUGACCAUGCCCUUGCUUAGAAAGGAGGGGGCAGGAUCUCCUCCUGAGAAGGUGAAGUCAUUUUUGUCUUGGCAUAGAAUUCCUUUUAUCAAUGAUCUUAACAAAUCAAUUUUUAAUAUCUGGCCCAAGGACUACUCCCAUUAUUCUGUAAAGGUGUAGUUGGGUUAAAGACAUUUGAGAAGAUUGGAAAUGGAGGUUUAUAUUACUAACCCAAAAUAGGGAGGUUUAAAUUUUUAUGCUCACUGAGUGAAUGAAUACUACUGAAUGUAUGUAUCAGCACUGACAGAGACCUUUCCAUCAUAAGAACUAUCCCAUGACUUGGCCCAAGAAUAAAAGACUAGAAAGGAUGUGAUCCAAAACUGGUGGCAAGGCAAAGAAGCGGCUUCCGUAUGCUGAUUGUACCUCAGUCUGUUUUAUUUUCAUGAUCAUCUGGGUCCUGGAUGGAGAAUGAGGAAGAUUGUGUUGAAUGGACCCAAAACAGAUCUUUACUAUUUCUUAAAACAAGGAGAAUGGAGAGGCAGUAAGAAGAUUAAAAGAGAUGGUUCCAGCUCUGGAAAAUAUGAGUGAUAAUGAUACUUUAUUUUGCAUGUGAAACUACAUUUAAAGGCUUAGAGAGCUUUUAAAACUGUUUACCAGGCCAAGUACAUUCUAUGUAUUCAUAUCAGUAACAGAUGCAGAGGUAGCUACGCAUAACCUGAACUUGCUUUCUUUACACAAAUGAUUGAAAUGAUAGUUUGCAAAUUUCUGUUUCAAGUUGCUCUUAUUUUUUUUAAACAAAAAUUUAAUUGUUUAGAGGAGAAGACUUUUAUAGUCUUAAGAGGAAUGUGUGC